AGGUGGUCUGGACUCCCUGCGACUCAAGAUAAAAAGCAUGCGGGAGCCAUUUCCAAGGCUAAUUGAAGCAGAAGAGGAGGCAUCAUCGAAGAAGAAAGAAAGGUAGCCCGAGCCAGUCAUGGCGAAGUCAUCGCAGAGUAUUUGAUGCCCUGCUCUUUGGAUGCAGGCACUGGGCUACCUGUGGAAAUGGUGCCAGAGAGCGCAAAUGAUGCAGGCAUUGAUGCCUUUGAUGUGCCCGACGUUGAUGCUUUUGACAUGCCCUGUAGAGAGCAGGAUCUGGCUGCAUCUUCUGGCAUUGAUGUCGCUGUGGAAAGUGGCCCCAUCGCGGGACAUUGUUCUGCAUCCAGUGAGAAACAACAGCCUGCACUUGCAGCGCCCCCAGACUUCACGAGCUCAAGCCAGGCACCAAAAACACCCCCACACUUCGCAAGCGCAAGCCAGGCACCAGCAGGCUUGUUUGAAGAAGUCAAUGGCCAGGUAAAAGUUGGUGAAAACACCUUCAUGCCAUUAGACAAAUGGCUGUUAGUGAUGAAGAAUGUGUCCGACGGCAAGUGCUGUUUGGAGCUGGCCAAACACUUUUGGCUACCUUCUGAGGCUGCCACGCGCAGCCUUACAGGCCAGGCGUGCCGCAGCAUGGCCACGAACUUGACAAAGCUGCCGGCCACCCCAGAGAAGGUGGAGAUGGUAAAGAAGAUGAUUUGCCAGAUCCUUGCCACCGCCCACCAUCUACCCUCCACACCCACCAUCCACCCAUCAUGCCAGCUGCCCACCAUUCACCCAUCAUGCCCGCUGCCCACCAUCCACCCAGCAUGCCCGCUGCCCACCAUCCACCCAGCAUGCCCGCUGCCCACCAUCCACCCAGCAUGCCCGCUGUCCACCAUCCACCCAUCAUGCCCACUGCCCACCAUCCACCCAGCAUGCUGCCCACUACAUUAA